CACAAACUUAUAAAUAUUAGAAUUGGGUUAAUAAAUGGAGGAGGCAGAAGGAGAAACAUAGAUUUCCAAUAUUUUAUAUGAUUUUCUGAUCGGACAAACGUGCCCAAACUGAGUACAAAUUCACUGGAAUUGCUAAUAUCGAUCAACGUGAUUCCCCUAAUCAUCGCAAGGAGAGGACAAGAACGACGAUUGGCAGUCGCCUCGAAAACUUUUCCACAACUUUUUCAGCGUCACUUGGGCCCUUUAAUAUGUGCUCUUGGAGCAGAAGACUUCACCAAAACUUGACUUUGCGCGCACCCCUCGUCGCCCGGUUCUGAUUUUCUGAAGUUUUACUCGCUUAUUCAACAGUUUUGCAACCAUGAGAGACAUGGGAAGGCAGAGUAUUCCGUUGAUUGAUCGUGGGGCAGCGGGGAGGAGCCAUGGCACAUCUCAAGAACAUCAGUUAACAGUCCUGGAACAUGGGAAUGCUGAACCGCCUGCAAAUGUUGGGUUUGGCAGAGUACUUUCACUUGCAAAACCUGAAGUGGGGAGGUUGAUAAUUGCUACCAUUGCUCUUCUGAUUGCUUCCACCUCAACUAUAUUGAUUCCGAAAUUCGGUGGAAAGAUUAUAGACAUUGUAACUGGAGAUAUCGACACACCCGAACAGAAAAGCAAAGCUUUAAAGGAAGUCACAAACACCAUUGUAUACAUCACAUCAAUCGUCUUAGUCGGUUCGGUUUGCUCAGCUAUUCGAGCUUGGUUAUUUUAUUCUGCUAGUGAAAGGGUUGUUGCUCGUUUAAGGAAGAAUUUAUUCACUCAUCUUCUUAAUCAGGAAAUAGCCUUCUUUGACGUUACCCGAACAGGGGAGCUUCUUAGUAGGCUAUCUGAGGAUACCCAAAUCAUUAAGAAUGCAGCAACUACCAAUCUUUCAGAGGCUCUAAGAAGCCUAUCAACUGCAUUAAUUGGGUUGACCUUCAUGUUUUCAACUUCUUGGAAGUUAACAUUAUUGGCUUUGGUUGUUGUCCCUGUUGUUUCUGUUGCUGUUCGUGAAUUUGGUCGCUAUCUUCGUGAGCUGUCUCACAAGACUCAAGCAGCAGCAGCUGUCUGUGCUUCAAUAGCUGAGGAAUGUUUUGGUGCCGUGCGCACUGUCAGAUCUUUCGCUCAAGAAUCCUAUGAGAUAUCACGGUACUCUCAGAAAGUAGAGGAGACAUUGCAACUUGGACUUAAACAAGCUAAAGUGAUUGGAUUGUUCUCUGGAGGUCUCUUUGCAACGACGACCUUAUCUGUUAUUAUCGUCGUGAUAUAUGGAGCUAAUUUGGCAAUCAAAGGGUUCAUGAGUCCAGGAGCUCUGGCAUCUUUCAUCCUCUAUAGUUUAACUGUUGGAACCUCCAUAUAUGGGUUGUCAGGAUUGUACACUGUUGUCAUGAAAGCUGCUGGAGCUAGUAGACGAGUUUUUCAGCUCCUUGAUCGUGUAUCAACAAUGGCAAAUUCAGGAAAUAAGCUCCCUAUUGGUUCUUUUGAAGAUGUGAAGAAAUGGAUUGAGGAAAUCAGUAGGGAGUUGUCAGAUGAUCAAGAUGGAGAGGUCGAGUUGGACGAUGUCUGGUUUGCAUAUCCGUCCCGCCCGAACCACACGGUGCUGAAGGGAAUAACACUGAGAUUGCAGCCUGGCACAAAAGUUGCUCUAGUUGGUCCGAGUGGUGGUGGAAAAACCACCAUAGCAAACCUGAUUGAAAGGUUUUACGAUCCUAUUAAAGGACGGAUUCUGAUAAACGGCGUUCCUCUAGUAGAGAUAUCACAUGAACAUUUACACAAAAGGAUCAGUACAGUGAGCCAGGAGCCUGUUCUUUUCAACUGCUCCAUAGAGGAGAACAUAGCCUAUGGUUUAGAUGGCAAAGUUGAUAGCAUUGACGUAGAAAAUGCAGCUAAAAUGGCCAAUGCACAUGACUUCAUAUCAAACUUCCCUGAAAAGUACAAAACUCAAGUCGGAGAACGCGGGGUAAGGCUGUCGGGCGGUCAAAAGCAAAGAGUAGCUAUAGCAAGAGCUCUACUUAUGAACCCAAGAAUUCUCCUGUUGGAUGAAGCCACAAGUGCUCUAGAUGCUGAAAGUGAACACCUAGUACAGGACGCAAUGGAUUCUUUGAUGAGAGGCAGGACGGUGCUAGUCAUUGCUCACAGGCUAUCAACUGUGAAGACCGCAGACACUGUGGCUGUUGUUUGUGAUGGUGAAAUUGUUGAAAGUGGAAGGCAUGAAGAGCUUCUUAGCAGGGAUGGUGUCUACACUGCACUAGUCAAGAGACAACUGCAAGAUACAAGAACAACCUAAUGAAAAAGACCCUUUUCUUCCUUUCCUACCACUAUACACAGAAAUCGUCCUGAGUCCGAUUUCCUUUAGAAAUAAGA